CGCAGAGCAAGUUGCAUAUCCGGCCGGUUCCGGUUCCGGCCUUUUGUCGCUCGCCUCGCGUCUGGCUGGCACCGCCCACCAUCUCUUUUCUCGCAUGCAUAUGUCCGGAAGGCAGCCCCUCGCUUGGCGCACUGGAGUGAAAACCUCUCGCACGUUUUGGCUUGGAGGACCGGGAUCGCUGAGAGGCCGGCCGGCACAGACCGAUCGAUGCCGGUCGCUGUCGUCGGCGGGUGAGGUGAGGCGAGGUGGCGGUUACGGCGAAGAAGGCCAAUAGAAAAACGCGGAGGGGGUGAGGGAGGGAGAGCGAGCGAGAGAUCGGGGAGGGAGAUCUCCGCGUCGCUGUCCCCGCCCGCGUUGCGCCUGGAUUGCACCCAGCCUUGGCCCGCAAUCCAUCCGCGCUUUCCGGCGCCACCCACCACCGCCCACCGCCAUAUAUACACCACGCUGCGCGCGCCCCUUAUCGAUCCCGCCUCUUCUCCUCCGUGUAUCGAUCCGGCUAGCUGACGACAGCGAGGGAGCUUCCGAUCCCGCCAGCACACAUCAAGUUGUUUAAUUUUCGAUCCAUUCGCGCGAAGCGGGCCGGCCGGCCGGCGAGGAAAGGGUGGUGGUGCGGCGCGAAGCGUUUCGGCCGGUGCUCCAGUACCUUGCAGUCGGCGUGCUAAAAGGAGUGUGUGAAGCCGCCGGCGCAGCUAGCUUUGGCACGAGCACGACCGCACCAGGCCAGCUCAGUGAGGUUUGCUUGACGUCUACCAGCUGCGCAUAAUAACUUGGCUCGGAAGAAGAAGAAGAUGGACGCUUUCACACAUGUUCCUCCCGGCUUUCGUUUCCACCCUACCGAUGAGGAACUCGUUGACUACUACCUUAGGAAAAAGGUAGCACUGAAGAAGAUAGAUUUGGAUGUGAUAAAAGAUGUGGAUUUGUACAAGAUUGAGCCUUGGGAUCUGCAAGAAAAGUGCAGGAUUGGAAGCGAAGAGCAGAACGAGUGGUACUUCUUCAGCCACAAGGACAAGAAGUACCCAACCGGCACUCGCACCAACAGAGCGACGACGGCCGGUUUUUGGAAGGCCACGGGGAGAGACAAGCCGAUCUACGUGAAGAACUGCCUCGUAGGGAUGAGGAAGACACUGGUUUUCUACAAAGGCCGGGCGCCCAAUGGACAGAAGUCAGACUGGAUCAUGCACGAGUAUCGCCUGGAGACCAACAACAAUGGAAUUCCACAUGAGGAAGGAUGGGUUGUAUGCAGGGUGUUCAGGAAGCGACUCGCGACUGUCCAAAGAAUGGCCGGGGACUCGCCUUACUGGUUCAAUGACCACGCGGGGUUCAUGGCGCCGGAGCUCGGCUCACCGAGGCAGGCGGCGCACCACCAGCAGAACGUCAUGAUGUACCACAGGCAACAGAGCAGCUACAGCUACCCUUGCAAGGUGGAGCUGGAGUACCACCACCUCCUUCCCCAGGAGCACUUCCUGCAGCAGCUCCCUCAGCUGGAGAGCCCCAAGCUCCCUGACCUUAUUGGCCAAGUAGACACUACUCUCCAGCCAGCAUGCGGCCUUACACAGGAGCAUGGUGCCCCUCGCUACACCCUGCAGGAGCUUCAGGCCGAGCCUCUCUAUCUGGCGACUGGCGGGGACACAGAUUGGCGAGCUCUCGACAAGUUCAUGGCGUCCCAGCUUAGCCACGGAGACAUCACCCCUAAUAAGGAUUCAGCUAAUAACUACUCCAAUCCGGCACUGCAGGUGAUUCAGCAGUCUGAAGAGAAAGAAGAGGCCUUGGACUACGUGUCAACGUCAGCCUCCUGUGGAGGGGACAAUGAUUUGUGGAAAUAACAGCGUCAAUGGUAAUACAUAUUCACAUACGCACUAAAUCACUGGACUAGUGCAUUAUUCCCUCAUUACACAGUUAAUAACAUUGAGGCGUGCUGGAUGUAAUGUAACGUAGUAUAUAAAGUAGCCAACUGAUUCAUGUGUCAUGGUAUAGUAGAAUGGUAUGUGCAUAACAAAGUGUAACCGAGUAGGUCACACGUCCAUGCAUAAGUUGGCAUAAUGUCUGGUGUUAAUAAUAAGGUUAGCUAACAGCUGAAGCUAAGGAGCUUCAGCACCUGAUUUGGCAAAACAUCCGUGAAGAAUUAGGUAAUUUGUCAAAGAGACAAUGCCUAUUUGUAUUGUUCUUCUGUCCA